AGCCGCCUCCGGCGCCGGGAGGCGCCGGGAAAAUCAGCUACGUGAGCUGAUUCUCAAACCCCCCCUUUGCUAUCCCCCCCUUUCGCCCGACCCGGGCUCCGCCGCCACGCCGCGUCGCCCCGCAGGCGCGAGCACCGGCCUCCUCCAGCGGAAUGGGUGAUCCGUGGCUCGUUUCCGACGAGGAGCUGGACGCGGAGGGGCCGGCACUGCUGGGCGGGGCCCAAGAAGCGGAGCAGGCGGCGCUGCAGGACUUGGAACGGCAGGCGCUGACGGAUGCAGCCGAUGACCACCCGGGCGAGGAGCAGCCGCCAGAGGCACCGGCGCCGGCGCUUGUCUCAGCGAUGGCAGCGAGCGCCGGCGCUCCCUCUCGUCCCUGCCGCCAGCGCGGAGUCGCCAAGAAGCACUUGAAGAAGGCAGCGCCGAAGCCGCGCGGCCGGACGCUCAAGCGGUGGGGCUCAAGCGGUGGGGUUCCGGCGGGAGUGCAGGUGGUGAGUCGCUUGGCCGUGUGGGGCCCGAAGAUAAAGGCCAAGAUCAAGAGGCUCGGCGUGAGGGGCCUCGGCAUUGGCGAGGAUUGGGUGAAGAGCAGGAAGGCCGGGUACCGGGAGGCCAUCGUGUUCUGGAACAGAGAGGACAAGAGCACGAGAGAUCGCAUUCCCGUCCCUGACGAGUGAGUUGCUGCGGGCGCCCCAGACCUGAUGUUACCGUGAGGAAAAAUGCAUGGGAUCCCAGACACAUCAAGAAGAAAUGGCACUUCCAUGAGUACAUUACUUUCAUGUUGGCGCGCGUUUGGCGCGUGGUCUGGGCGCAUCUGGCGCCCUGGCUGUCAUCCAGAACAUGUGAAGUGCGUGGAGAGAGAGAUUCGCUACAUAGACAUGCGUCGCACACAAAGAUGGUGUGCGAUUUGCUUUAUACGUACCGUGCCAGCUGCGCGAGCCGUGCGCCGACCGCUCUGUGUCAUCAGCCGCACACUGGGUACUCAGCUGUCCGGCAGGGCAGAGAGCCGAAAAAAAACAAAACAAGUAGUACAAAACAGAAGAAGUGCCA